AUGGUACGCCAGGUGGCAGAGCCCGAGGACGAAUGCCACACCGCCGUCGCGGGCGAAGAGUGCUACAAGGAGGUACGCUGGGCCAUGACGGAAGGCAUCACGCAGCACAGAUGGUGGUAUCCUGGAUUGCACAAGAACUCGUCCACAUUUGAGGACUUCCAGGAAUUUCUGCACAAGCUGGAUGCGUUCUCCGCCGUGUGCGCCAAGCCCUGCAGGAUUGCGCCACAGAAGGAAGGGUGCCGCACGGCAGUCAAGGACGAGAUCUGCUACAACGAGGUGACCUGGGCCAUGAAGACGGGCAUCCACGAGAACCCCUCGUGGUACCCCGGGCUGACCCCGAGCUCCAGCUUCGAGGAGUUCCAGAUGUUCUUGCACAGCCUGGAGAUCUUGAAGACCACCUGCACGGCUCCGUGCAGUGCUGAGGAGCCCGGGGUGCGGAAGCAGGCCGAGCAGACGACUCAGGUGGAGAAGGCGGAGGAGCUCCAGGAGCACGGGGUCGACGCGGCGGGGUGCAGGGACCGCAAGGGCUACUGGGACAAAUACUGCGAGGCCGGGGACACGAAGGUGGUGCACAUCAGCAGCGAGGAGGAGGAGGAGGAGGAGGAGGAGGCUCGGGAGGCGUCGGCGGCCGCCCACGCGGCCGGCGUCCGGGCGCGGCUGGCCGCGCUGCGGCCUUUCCCGGACUACGCGCAGGAGGUGGGUCGGCUGGAGGCGGAGCUGGCGGAGGCGCAGCGCGCGGUGGAGGACGUCGGCCAGGCGGCGGCCGCGGAGGAGAAGGGGGCCAUCGAGCAGAGGGCCGAGGAUGAGGGCGUGGAGCAUCUGGUGGCGGAGGUGGCGGAGGCAGAGCGCGCGACUGAGGACUCUCAGCAGCAGGCGGUCGCCGAGCAGUCCGAGGAGGUCACCGAGCAAAAGGCUGCGGACGAGGACGUCCAUCAGCCAGUGGUCGUAGGGGGGCCGUCCGAGGGGGCCACCGAGCCGACGGCUGCGGAUGAGGCCAGCGAGCCGAAGGCUGCGGAUGAGGCCGUCGAGCCGCCAGCGGUCGUGGGAGAGACGGCCGAGGAGGUCGCCGAGCAGAAGGCUGCAGAUGAGGCCAUCGAGCAGAGGGCCGAGGAUGAGGACGUGGAGCAUCCAGUGGCGCAGGUGGCGGAGGCAGAGCGCGCGAUUGAGGACGUCCAGCAGCAAGCGGUCGCCGAGAAGUCCGAGGAGGCCACCGAGCAGAAGGCUGCGGCUGAGGACGUCGAUCAGCCAGCGGUCGCGGGGGAGCCGUCCGAGGAGGCCACCGAGCAAAAGGCUGCGGACGAGGACGUCCAUCAGCCAGUGGUCGCAGGGGGGCCGUCCGAGGGGGCCACCGAGCCGACGGCUGCGGAUGAGGCCAGCGAGCCGAAGGCUGCGGAUGAGGCCGUCGAGCCGCCAGCGGUCGUGGGAGAGACGGCCGAGGAGGUCGCCGAGCAGAAGGCUGCAGAUGAGGCCAUCGAGCAUCUGGAGGCGGAGUUGGUGGAAGCACAGCUGCCGGCGUCCGAGGGCGUUCAGCAGCCAGCGGUCGUGGAGGAGAGGGCCGAAGGCGCCACCGAGCAGAAGGCUUCAGGAACUGACGUCAAUCAGCCGGUCGUCGCAGGGGAGAAGUCUGAGGAAGUCGCCGAGCAGAAGGCUGCGGACGAGACCGUCGAGCAGGCAGUGGUCGUGGAGCAGAAGGCCGAGGAAGCCACCGAACAAAAGGCUGCGGAUGAGGCAGUCGAGCAGCCAGCGGUCGUAGAGCAGAAGGCCGUGGAGGCCACCGAGCAGAAGGCGGCGGGUGGGGAUGCGGAGAGGCAGGGUGUCGCACGGAAGGCAAACGAGGAUGUUACCGAGCAGACGGCUCCGCAAGAUGCCACGAUUCACGAGUCCCCUCAGUCUGCCGUCGUCGACGAAGACGCCGUCGCCAAGGCUUCGGAGGCGACGCUAAGGGCUGCAGCGAAGGCGUUCGACGACGAGGCGGCAUCACCGGAAGGCGCAGAGGAGUCGAAGCCAUUCUCGUCUGGCGGCGGGAGCGCGGGUGGCCCAGUGGAGGACAUGCCGCAAGCCGCGACGGCCGCACAGACUGAGGCUCAGCAGCCGCAGGCUCCGACCCGUAAGCUUACCACGGGCAGUGCGAGGGCAUACGCCGACGACAGCGAGCACGAGUCGCAGGCGCUGGAGGUGGGCCUCACACCCGAGGGGCGCAUGCCAGCUCUGCCAACGCACACAGGCUGCUACGUGUGGCUGCCCACGGGGUGCCCAUCGAGGAACCUCAGCGUGCGCAGCGAGUGGAAGAGGGACGUCUGGGGCGAGGAGCACAAGGAUGCAAGGUCGAGCACGCCGGCGUGCAAGAGUCGCAAGUUCGUGUUUGACCACUGGUGCGGAGUGCACAACACCGUCGCGGUCCAUGUGAACGCUCACGAGCAGGACGACGCGACCAGCGUUCAGGACGACCUGGCCGGAUCCCAUGCGUCGCCCUCCGAGGACGGCCUUGCGAGCCAGGAGGAUCAGCAUUCGACCACCGCAGGCGGAGGCGCUGAGGAGGCGGAGGAGCUCCGAGUCAUCAGCGGGUACCCGUCGCGGCCCGGGUGCUACUUCCGCCAGCCCUCCAGGUGCCCCGCGAGGCCGAUGAGGACCUCGAUGUGGAGGCACGACACCUGGGCCGAGGAGCAGUACCUCGACGAGGCGGGGUGCAGGGACCGCAAGGGCUACUGGGACAGCUACUGCGGGGCCGAGGACACGAAGGUGGUGCACAUCCGCAGCGAGGGGGGCGGCGUGCCUGUUCUGGAGGGCUCCGGCACCCGCUCCGACGCCGGCGUCGUCGCUGGGGCCCCGUCGCAGGCCCUGCAGCACGACGCAGGGUCGAUGGCGGGGGGCUCCUCGCCGACGGCGCGGCCCAGCCAGGAUCCUGCGCUGCCACCCCACCUCGCCUCGAGGGUGCCGGAGGUGCCCAAGACCGCGGGGUGCUACGUGUGGCUGCCGAGCGGGUGCCCGCGGAAGCACCUGGGCGCGGCGGACAGGUGGAGGAAGGACGUGUGGGGCGAGGCGAAGCGGAACGCCAAGGUCGAUGCGUCCGCGUGCAGGAGCCGGAAAGAAUCCUUCAACGCUUUUUGUGGGGUUUCCGAUGCGGUGAUGUUACACGCAGCCGCCCCCACCGAAGAGCACGGUGAGGGCGAGGCGCCAGCCGUAUAG